GUUACCCAGAAAACACCGCGCUGUCGGCUUCAGUAGGUUAGAGUUGGGCUGUCGUAUCUGUUCUAGUACUAAUCUUGGUUAAGAUGUUGUCAUACAUUUGGGUCAGUUAUUCUGAAAUGCGUUGCUAUCAGCACAUAUAAAGCAUUCACGUUCUCAGUCAGUCUUUCUACCGUGGUGUGUGUAUGAGCGGCGUUGCCGACAAGAGAAAGCCCGUGCUGGAUUGUUGCGGAGGGCUGAAUAACGUGGAUUACAGUAAGGUGGACAUGUCAGUAAUGGAGGAUGUUCUGAAGCACAUAGACUUCUAUGACCCCAGGUUCUGUGUUGCUGUCAUCGCCAUCAUCUUCAACCCUUUCUUCUGGAAUGUGGUGGCGCGUUGGGAGCAUCGUACGAGAGGUCUGACAAGACUGUUUGGGGGUCCCUAUCUGGCCUGCUACUGCCUAGGCACCCUCAUCAUCCUCCUCAAUGUCUACCGCAGCCACAGUAUGACAGUAGCGAUGAAGGCCCAGGCGAGGUGGGAGGUGAUGGCCAGCCCAGAGGUGUUCUACGCGGGGGCAGCUCUCAUGGCCCUGGGCUCUGUCUUGGUGGUCACCAGCUUCCUGGCUCUCGGAUUCACUGGGACCUUCCUGGGUGACUAUUUUGGGAUCCUGAUGGAAGAGAAGGUGAAAGGUUUCCCCUUCAAUGUAACUGAGAACCCUAUGUACUGGGGCAGCACUGCCAACUAUCUGGGACUCGCAUUCAUGAAUGCCAGUCCGGUGGGGUUGGUGCUGACAGCAGUGGUAGCCAUUUCAUACAAAGUGGCCAUCAUCUUUGAGGGACCUUUCACCGAGGAUAUCUAUCGACAGAGAGCACAGUGCUGCAAGCACAAAUAAAGAGGAAGGAUGGAUUGUGUUUGUCCAAGGAUCAUACCUACAGAUCAGAGACUACCAGACUGACUACCAGGCCACACACCACAUCAGCCUGCUACACAGAGCACGAGAGGUGGGCUAGAGAGAAGGGAGGUGUUUUUGCCUUUCUGGCAAAGAUCAAGUACACAGUCUUCCUCCUGGCCCAAUUCCAAGAUAUUCUACUUCUCUUUAUAAAAACUUUGAUCCCUGCUUGCAGUAUUUUAAUAGCAAGUCUUAACAAUGCAAGGGCUGGAUCAAUGGUUUUCAGCUUUUAAAUGCAAUGCGCUGUAGUUUUCAUAUUUCACACUAUUUAGUCGUGUAGUUGACAUUUUUAUCUCAAAAGCCAAUGACAAUCAUUCCAUAAUGUCUUCUGCAUGGCUAUGUUGGCAGAGUCCCAUGUAUCUCAAUGAAACUGUAAAUACAGAUCUGAUCCCAUAACUCCCUGAA